AUGCCCGAGUCAGCUACAGGGGGUGUUUCAAACUCCCCCCCAAACACUGCCGACGAUGGCAAUAUCCGCGAAGGGCUUGGCAGCUUGAACAGGUGGUCCCAGUCUACAGCAUCUAGCAAUUUAUCGACCACUUACGUUAGCCAUCGUCGACAAGAAAGUGCUCCUAGAGCGUUCAUCGUAGAUGGUUACGACUCCCACAAGCGGGGAUUGAGCCUAGAAACUUCCACUCAUUUACCCGCCCGGGCUUUCAAUCCUGCGGAUAAUGGCGAGGAGAUGCUGACACAAUAUCACUCGCAACAUUCUAUCCUACACGGCCACGCAGAGACCCCCCCGGCUGAUCAGCCAGAAACGGGUAUAUUACCAAAAUCCUCAAUUGGUAUGAGAACUGCAACGUCGUCGCAGUCUGAAUCUAUGCCCCUCGAAUCUACGUAUAUGCCACCAGAAAUCGUUUCGAAAAGACACUCCCCGGAAAUGGAAACUUUGAAUCAACCUGCUGGUGGCUAUUCAACUCACACCGUUGUCCGACCAUCAAGUCAAAACGAGAAACGUCGACAGGUUCAUUCGCAGAAGGUUAUGCUCUCCAAAGCGUUGCAAAAAGCAAAUACCGCAGUUCUCCUUGACAAUGCGGCAAACUUUGAAGGAGCAAUGGAGGCCUAUAAUGACGCCUGUCAACUUCUACAACUCGUAAUGCUUCGGAGCAAUGGGGGAGAAGACGAAAAGCUAAAGCUCCAAGAAAUUCGGGAUACAUAUAUGAUCCGAGUUACUGAACUUCAGCGCAUGGACUUCGCUUUUCGAGAUGCCGAUAGUAAGGCUCUCCCUGAACGGCCACUUAGCCAGGAGUCAUAUGGUGAAUAUCUUCACCCAGUCCAAGACUAUGACGAUGAUAAUUUUGUCGAUGAGGAUCCGACUUUAUCGCAACACAACUCAUUUGGCGUCGCCCAGGAAAACUCUGGAGAAUCAGGGAAAUUAGCUCAUGCACAAAUUCCACCUAGACGCCAAUCACUUUUACCUUUGGCUGUAGAUGAUGGGUACCACAAGUCCCCGCUGUCCCCGGAUCCUAGAAACCAGGAAGUCCAUCGUCCCCAGCCGGAAUUAUCCAGCCAAGCUCCUCAACAUGUGCGAGAGAAUUCAGCGUCCACAUUCGCGGAGCAUCCUGCCUUGGACAACGACGAUGACGACGAUGACGAAGGAAUCAUGUCCCACAACUCGCACUCCUCUGAAUUAUCCAUGUUGAGUCAGGCUCGAGAUGUUUAUGAGUCAACCUCGUGGCUCGACACUAUUGAUGAAUCAGGAGCGUCUUCGUCGGCUUCGGUGCGUUCCAAAGCCUCAUCUAUAUAUUUGCGCCGCAGACGAAGUAGCCGCCUCAGCCAUGGUACCGAGGCUGACUUUGACGCCGCCCUUGAUGCCGCCGUUGAGGCUGCUUAUGACGAUGGUCUUGAGCCGGCAAGCGAUUUAGAUGAGGACGACAGCAAUGAUGAUAUUUUCGUGAACGCCCGUCGAAAUGUUGAAAUAGCCAAGCAAAAAGUGAGGGAAGCGGAGCGGGAAGCGGAAGUGGCAAUGACACGAGGAAGAGAGCUACGCCGAAUACAAGAACAGGAAAUGCUGUCCACUCCUAUUGACCCGGAUUUGGAUUAUCUUGAUGAGGAAGCAGAGGAAGAGGAGCGCCUGUUGGAAGAGAUGACUAGGGGAUAUGUGAUGGAUGACUUUGAGUUUGACCUCCAGUCUAAAUCAGCACUUCCCCGACAAUCAGGUUCGGUCAGCUUUUCCACGAGAAUGUGGGAAGGGCCUAUCGUACCCAAUCCCAUAGGUACAGGCCCACCGCUAUCGACACUUGUAGAGGACGAUGUCCUUCCUCCUGAAUUCAACACACGCCCACAUACGCAAAGCACUAUUUCUUCCAUCUCGCCCCAAUCGGUUUCUCAGUCAACAUCCGGCUCGGGCGUACGUGCGCGUAGGAUGUCUGGCCAGAAUAGAAUAGAGCUGAAGAUUGAAACAAAUCCGCGCCUGAAGUCCGGUGCCAUUAAUGCGGAGCACGUUCAAUCUUUGGAUGCUCAGAUAGAUCGACCGCCAACCCCCAUUGAAAAGGACGGACACCUAGCGAAUCUCCCUGCCCAUGCAAGCAAAAGCUCUGACACCAACUCCUCAUUGCACUCAAUACCUCCCAUGAACAGGCGUAAUAUAUCUAUUGGGUCUAUAUCUGAAGAUACAUCAGCAAAUUUGACUCUGGCUAGAGCGACGGCCACAGAGAAUGAUGAAGGAGCCGAACCUUCAAAAAUUCUAUCACCGCCACGCCCAAUAGGAAAAGUUCCUUCAGCACCAGAUAACUUGGGAAGGCCAAACCCAAGCAUGCCGACUUUUCGACCAAGGAACGUCUCUGUACCUGGCAUUGAUUUCUCUAGCGACUCCCCGGGAACUCCUGCGAGUAGCGCAUUUCCGACUUUGGAUCUUCAGAAGGGAGCCGUCACUGCUCCACUGAAUGUUUUACCUACACCAAGUGCUGCCAAUUUCACUUCAAGCGGACUGCCAGGUGACGCGCUCUAUCUUUUUGAUAACUACAUUCACUCGCCAACUAAUCCUGGUUCCCCGAACCCGCUGGCUUCCGACUCUCCGCUUCCACUAGAGCCGUGCCCGGAAUCUUUUCUUUUACGCCCAUUUUGGCUCAUGCGGUGUAUUUAUCAAACGAUCGCCCAUCCACGUGGUGGGUAUUUGUCGACAAAACUGUUCGUCCCUUGUGAUGUCUGGCGCGUGAAAAAUGUCAAAAUCAAGGGCGUUGAAGAAAAAGUGUCAAGUUGUGAUCUGUUAACCGCGGCAAUGCUUAAACUGUCUAAAGUGGACAUGUACGAUGCCGAUGCCGUUCUGGAGGAGAUGCAAGCAUUUGAAGUUGUACUUGACCAAGUCCAGAUGUCUCUAUCAAAGAAGAUAGGCAACGAGGUCGGCGUACAAGGGGCUAUGACGAUGUUUAAGGCUGCGCUGGCUUUGGACGAUACUGCUACCCUUGAUACCAUUUCUUCAAGAGCCUCAACUGCAACAAGCAAGUCUUAUUUGAGCUCCUGGCGCAAAUUGCGGUCUAAGAACUCUGGGUUUGGCACCGGACCUUUACCAAGUUCGAAGGAAGCGAAUAAAGACAAUUUAUCGAUAUCCUCGCUUCCAAUGACUUCCACACCAAUCCCACAGCUCUCCAAGCGAAAUGUGGCACAGUUGCAGUUUAGCGGGCCUAAUGCGAACUAUAUGAGUGCUUUAGCUAGGCUUUGCGAUGCUGCUCAAGUAUUAGAUCAAAUCGCCCAACAAGUCGAAGACCCGGGUCUAAGACACUCCUCAAAAACUCUUGUUGGCCUGGAGUUGAGUACGCGCCAUGCUGCCGAAUUCUUUGGCUUCUACAUUUGCCGAUUUGCCCUGAAUGAUAUUGGCAUAAUGCUUGAUAAAUUCAUUAAGAGGGGCAGUGAGUGGGUCCUCAUCUAG